UUGAGAGCAGAAACUUUUAAAACAAAUUUGAACUGGGCUGGGCCACACACGUGCUACAAUGGGAAGCAAGGCUGUAAGGCGGAGCGAAUCCGGAAAGAUUGCCUCAGUUCCGAUUGUUCUCUGCAACCAUAUCAGCCGCUGUCCCUCUUCUCUAUCGACUCUCACUUUCUUGCACGCCGCCAUCACCACGACCGCAGCGCCGUCGUCGUCGCACAAAGCCGGUCAUCCGCAGCCUUUCGACUAUUGUUUUUCGAACAACCGCCGACACUCACGCACCCAACCGCCAAUCUGGUGAACUUGUUAAUGUUUUUGUUGUUGAAAGAAAACUGAGAAGCUUUCCCCAAUCUUCUAAUUGAUUUAUACAUCGAUGGGGAAGAAAGGAGGAGGCAAAAAAGCUCCAAAAUCAGAAAUACGGUCACAAAAUCCUGUUACUUUAAGGGAAGAAGCCACUGGAAAAAUAAAAACCAAGCCAAUUACUAACACCAAGUCACAUUUGAGAAUUGAUCACUUAAAUAAGCUUGCAUUGUGGGCCACCACCGACUCUCACAUACCGUCUUUGGGAUCCUUCUACGGUCAGCAUUUGGCCACCGUUUCAGAGGCCGCCGGAGUACCUCCUGAUCCUUCCUUAAUCACUUGCCAAAGGUGUGAAACUGUUCUUCAUCCCGGUUUUAAUUCAACUGUACGGAUUGAGAAGAAUAGAUCAAGGGUCAGGAAUAGGCACAAGAAGUCUGGCAGCAUCGCGCAAAACAAUGUAGUGUACAAGUGCCAUUUCUGUUCACAUCAGAAUGUCAAGAGAGGUACCCCUAAGGGACAUUUAAAAAAGAUAUGCCCAACAAAAGAAAAAUCGUCCUUAGAAUCAACACGUGCUACAAAACCAACCAUACAUGAAUCUUCAAAAUUAGAGAAAUGUGUUGUAAGCAAAGAUGUUGAAAUCAAAGAUGAAGCCGAUAAAACACGCCCUUUUGGUUUAGAAGUUGUAGUUAAGAACAUUACUCGUACGGAUGGUUUUAAAACUCUGUCAAGUACACCAACCUUGUUAGAAGGAAAGAAGAGAAGGAGAAAUAGUUCCUCGUCGAUGAAAGAAAUUGAAACUCCAAGCAUGUCUGCAAACUUAGAAGUAACAAAAACUCAGAGCACAACAAGCAAAAGACGAAAAAAAUCAUGGACCAGUUUAAAAGAAAUUGCUCAGAGCAAAGGCCAUGAUAACAGUCAAGUUGCUAAUUUGACAAUCCCAUUUUUUUUAUAAUUACGAAGAUUCCUGCAUUAAGUUAUUUAUUUUUAGAUUGUGCCAUAAGUUUAUUUUUUUUGUUUUCUCUGCUGAUUUCACUUUCAAGAAAUUUUGUUGUUUCUGCUGUGAUUGAUACUAUAUUUUAGGAAAACAAUAAUUGUUUUCAACCUUGACUGCAUAUUGGUUACAAAAGCAAUAAGUUACUUUUUUUCUAUAUCUUUAAGCA